CACGACUCCACACCUGUUAGAAUUAUCAAACUACUUCCUGGUUAGUUAGUUUUGAAGAUCAACUAUAAUCGAGAUGGAGGUAUCUGGAAAGAAAUGUGACCCUGACCUUGACAAGGGCUCCACAGACACAACUGUCUGCUGUCAGCCGUGUAAAGAGGAAGGCAAACGCGCUAUAGCACAGGAAUUCUGUCAGACCUGCGAGGAGUACAUGUGUGAUCCCUGUAUUAAGGCCCAUAAGAAAUUCAAGAUGUCCAGGAACCACAUUAUGUUGUCAAAAGACAAGAUGCCGUCUUUCUAUCCAUCCACCAAGCAGUCUGACAUCGGCGACACGGAAUAUUGUAAAAACCAUCCAAAGGAGAUAAUCAAGUUUUACUGCCCGACCCACGGCGACCUUGGCUGUGGUGACUGUGUCGUACUUAACCAUCGCAGCUGUGAAGUCGAUUACAUCGCUGACGUGGCUAAAGAUUUUGUCAUUGGAAAUGAUUUCAAAGAGCUGGAACCAUCGAUAGAACGAGCUGAAGAUCUUCUAUCUGGGUCUAUAAGUAAUGUCAAUGAGCUUUUGGACAAGGUUGAAAAACAGUCUGAGUACGAGAUCGCCAGAUUAAGGAAGUUCCGGGAAGAAAUCAACACCUUCCUGGACCGCCGCGAGAAGGAGUUGCUCGAUAACAUCCGGAAAAUGAAGACCGAUGAUAAAAGCGUGCUGACUGCAGUAAAGACUGAAUGUGAGUCGUCGAAAUCGGGACUUAGGGCCAUAAGGACGAAUCUGUCUUCCGGCGACAUCUCGAUGAGCCAGCGGUAUGUAGCGGCGAGGAGAGCCCAGAGGACCAUACGGGAUAUACUGGAGAAGAAGGAGCAGAUGACUGGUCUGAUAAAGGCCCAGAAGUAUCAGUUUGUUAAUGACCCGGACACGGAACGUCUUCUUAGAUCGAGCAUGGGCCUGGGAACACUGGACGUUGCAGGAGAGUUUGUUCCAGUUCCUGACCUCUCUACUGUGACAUGGAAGAGGGGGGCGGACAUCCCGGUUCAAACGUCACAGGACCAGAAGACCUCCUGGAUCAGCGGCUCCGCCCUACUCUCGUCUGGUCUCUUACUCCUGGCUGACAGGAAUAACAAGAAUGUCAAACUUGUGAGUAUCCCCGCUCGCACGAUCACGUCCAACCUCCAGGUGCCAGGCCGGCCCUGGGACGUGUGUGUGCUCCCUGGUGACAAGGCCGCAGUCACUCUCCCGCAUAACUCCAUGAUUCAGUUGUUGUCUACAAAGGGGGGACAGUUGUCGUGUGAAAAGGAAAUUAAAGUAUCACCCAACUGUCGUGGUAUUGCGUUCUACAACAACAGAUUAUACGUUUCGUACGGAUCAAACCCGCGUAUUGAAGUGAUGACAUUGGAUGGUCAUAUUAUAAGUACAUUCCAAACAGAUGAUGGAAGAAAACUUUUCCAAGCACCAUAUUACCUAACUGUGUCAGCUUUAACACCACCGACCCUGUACGUGUCUGACUCCACUAGUCACACCGUUCUGCAGCUGUCCCUGGAAGGGAAGGUCCUGCGUGAGUACCAAGACAAGCAGCUCAUCCUUACCGAGUCCGUAGUAGAGGUAGGGCCGGGUCAAUUUCUUGUGUGUGGGCGGAACAGCAACAACGUGAUGCUGCUAAAGGAGAGGGAUGGAAAGAUGACGGAAAUACUGGGACAGAAGGACGGACUGAGUGUGCCCUACUCCGUGACCUUCUGUCCUCACACACGUACCAUAAUUGUCGGGAUGUUGAACAAUGACUCACUGAAGGUUUUUAAUGCAUACUGACAGUUUUUCUUGAUCAGUCGUGUUUUUCCUAUCUUUGACAGAAAAAUAUGUAAUUAAAAAUGUUUGAUCAACUGAAAAUUCGUAGCUAAUGUAAAAUUUAUAUUUCAACAUAAGCUUAUACUAGAAGUAUUGAUAUGUUGCAUUGUUUUAUUUAAUUGAAUGACCAUUGUUAUGUAUAUGAAAAUGAAAAUAAUGAAUGAAUGUGGUAUUUGCAUCAGAAGUUUUGCAUUUAUCUGGAAAUCACAUUCGUGUUUAACGACAUGUACAUAUAUCUGAUAUUUGCUAAGUACAUUUCCAUUUCUUUUAGCAACGAAAGUGUAAACAUUGUAAUUUUAUCUUACAACUUUUCAGUUAGAAGUUGUUUGAUGUUCAUAACUUUUGUUUUACAUGUUCACUAAAAUGCUCUAUGAUUUUACAUGACCCUUUCUUUAAUAACUAAACAAAAUAUCGUAUGAACUGAUGCAUAAUUUUCCUGUUUUUUUAAAAAGUUGAUAAUUCGGAUUCUGCAGUAACAAUGUAUUGAAUGGAUGGGGUAAAAUCCGUGCUGCUUUAAAACAGUAUUUCAUCUUGCAAAAGUACUCUAAAUAAAAUAUAUGAACGUUUUAGAUUAUAAAUAG